GCAUCACGUCUGCCACAGCGUCCCAUUGUGCAGGGAUGCAGCCGGUGCAAGAGCGGAACGUCGAGCUAGUGUCAGGUCUCAUGCAUGUUUGGACCAAAUUGCAUCCAUCAGCUUGCUGUUCUUGUGCGCCGCAAUAUUACAGAUUUUUCAUCCUGCCGGGUGAACUUUCCCCUAACUGGUUGUAUUUCUUGGAUCCAUUCAGCUUCCCAGCACAGCCACCUCAAGUCCUAAACUGUCUAAACGUGGCUAACGUGAUCAUCCGUCUGACGUUAUCGUGCACUUUCUCAAGCAUUGUGAGCAGGAAUCGUUGCAGCUGUUGGGAUUUAGACGGGGUCGUUCUUCUCGACGAAAUGAAUUUCUUGCGCAAUCGUCUUGUUGUUCUGGGCCUGGUGUUGCUGGCCACGUUACUGCUGUACCUGCUGCUGCCCUCCAUUCGCCAGGGCAGCAUGGAGCCGUCUCUUGAGGCUCAAAGAAUGGGGCUGAUGGCCACCCCUCCUCCUCCGCUUCCGACCAUCAACGUGUCCGUUCGCACCGGACAGCUGCCCGGGGACCCGCCACUGUUCUUCAGAGAGGCUCUACCUGUUGAUGGGGCUGGACGACAGAUACUGCCAAGACUGCAAGUGGUCCUUCUGCACGGCCAGGCCUUCACAUCCAAAACCUGGGAAGAGCUCGGGACAAUGGCCCUGCUGGCAACUAAUGGAUAUCAGGCCUUAGCGAUGGACCUGCCAGGGUAUGGAAAAUCCCCGGACUCAGAGGCUCUGAAGACUGACCAGAAUCGAGUGGACCUCCUUUCAAGGUUCAUGGAGUCUUUGGGUGUCAGGGCAGCUGUGCUUUUGAGCCCCUCCAUGAGUGGACAUUACUCCAUCCCCUUCUUCAUGAAGAACAGCGCUCAGCUACAUGGCUUCAUUCCCAUAGCACCAGUCGGUACCCGAAGUUACACUCCACAGCAGUACCAAAGUAUUCAGACUCCCACUCUCAUUGUCUUUGGAGCCCUGGACACAAAUCUGGGUGCCCAGUCCCACAAGAACCUCAUACAACUUCCACAUCACUUCGUGCUCAAGUUAGAAGGAGCUCGCCACGCCUGCUACAUGGACAAACCCAGAGAAUUUCACCAGGGACUGAUCGACUUCCUCAGCAAACUGAAUUGAGAUGCGUAGCAGAGGAAGACGAGAAAGGUAGAAAAAUGGAAUCAAAGGAAAGACGAGGAAAUACUAGUCCUCUAAUCAGGGGGUUAGUGUGGUGACAGUUUUGCUUUAAAGUACUAAGAUCAGCAUCAUUCACAUAUUAUCACAUGAAGAUCAUUGGCAUGGGAGUAGGUUUUAUUACUUGGAAAAUGGCAUGUAAAAUUGUGUAGUGACUGUUAACAAUACAAUAUUUCAGUUGUUACCAUUAUAAAAGGUUGUUUUGUUUUGUUUUUUUCAGUUUUCCAUAGUGUCACCCAAAAACACGAGACUAGUUCAGCUCAUCUUGUUUUAAAAAUGGAAUCAGAGUUGUAUAGUGGUAAGUUUUGUUUCAUGUGUUUCAUGUCUCUUUUUGCAUGUAAAAACAUGGAAUGUGUUUGCUUCACAGUUACCAUUUUUGUAGGUGACAUGUAGGUUACUGUAAAUAUGCCUGUGUUAAAAUAGCUUUUGUUUGCUUUACAUUUGACAGAUUUGUAUAUUAAGAUCUGGUAACCAUUCCAGCUUCCAGGCAAACCCAUGAUGUUCUCAACAAAAGCAAACAGAACUGAUACAGUGUAAUAAAAAAAAUGUGUGAAAGAAUAUGAAAUGAUUUUUAAAAAGAGGUCACAUUUAUUUGUAUAAUGACGAUAAAGUUUAAUGUAAUAUAUUUGCAAAAAGUUUGGACAAUCAUGCAAAAAACAAGCCUAAAUAAGAUAUGUGCGUAGCUUAAAAUAAAAACCGAAAUUAUGUG